AGUUACAAACAAACCAAUGUGUUUUCACCAUAGGCAUAUCGUUUUCACGUAGAUUUCUAGAUCUAGAUCUAGAUCUAGAUUCUAGAUCUUAAGAUCUGGAUCUUAUAUUAGUAUAUAGAAAGAGAUCUAAACUCUAUAGUCUGUAGUUAGAACUUAGGGUACCGAACUUAGAAUUAAAUCUAGGUUUGACUUAUAAAUCUAGAUUCGAAGUGUGUAGAUUUAUUAUUAUUUUUUUAAUAAUUUUUAUAAUCUAGAUCUAGAUCUAUUUAAAAAAUAAAAUCAUGAUUGAAGAAGACACCCAGGACCAGGACACUGAAUUGACUGAAUCAAAUGUUACAUUCAAAGAUUUGGGUGUGGUUGAUGUUCUUGUGGAAGCCUGUGAAAGGUUAAAAUGGUCAAAACCUACUAAAAUUCAGAAGGAAGCUAUUCCACUUGCAUUGGAAGGAAAAGAUGUUAUAGGUCUGGCAGAAACUGGUUCAGGAAAGACUGGCGCUUUUGCACUACCGAUACUUCAAGCAUUACUUGACAAACCUCAAAGAUUAUUUGCCCUUGUUUUGACUCCUACUAGAGAAUUAGCUUAUCAAAUCGGUGAACAGUUUAAUGCUUUAGGAUCAACCAUUGGUAUCAAGUGUGCUGUCAUUGUUGGGGGCAUAGAUAUGUUUGAUCAGGCACUUAUGCUGGCUAAAAAGCCUCACGUUCUGAUAGCCACACCUGGAAGACUUGUAGACCACUUAGAAAAUACAAAAGGUUUUAGCUUGAGAGCUCUCAAAUAUCUGGUUAUGGAUGAAGCAGAUCGGAUUUUGAAUAUGGACUUUGAACAGGAGGUCGAUAAAAUCUUGAAAGUUAUACCAAGGGAGAGAAAAACGUUUUUAUUUUCAGCAACAAUGACAAAGAAGGUCCAGAAACUUCAACGUGCUUGUCUAAGCAACCCUUCUAAAGUGGAGGUGAACAACAAAUACAAGACAGUUGUUAAUCUUGUUCAAAGUUAUCUUUUCAUACCAGUGAAAUACAAGGAUGUUUAUCUUGUGUACAUAUUGAAUGAACUGGCAGGAAACAGUUUCAUCAUCUUUUCAUCUACCUGCAGUAAUACACAGCGAAUGGCCAUCAUGUUAAGGAAUCUUGGCUUUAAAGCCAUUCCACUCAAUGGUCAGAUGUCUCAGGAAAAAAGACUUGGGUCACUGAAUAAAUUCAAAAGUAAAAGCAGUUCAAUUCUCAUUGCCACAGAUGUAGCCAGCAGAGGUCUUGAUAUUCCCCAUGUGGAUGUGGUCAUUAACUUUGACAUACCAACCCACAGUAAAGAUUACAUUCAUCGAGUAGGCCGUACAGCUAGGGCUGGCAGAGCAGGGAGAGCCAUAACAUUUGUAACACAAUAUGAAGUUGAGCUCUACAAAAGAAUUGAAGAGCUUUUGAAGAAACAACUACCAUUGUAUAAAACAGAGGAAGAAGAAGUGAUGCAGUUGGUAGAAAGAGUUAGUGAAGCGCAAAGAUAUACAAAAAUUGAAAUGAAAGAUGCAGAAGCUAAAAAACUGGAAGCCAAGAAAAGGAAACGAGGUCAAGCUGAUGAUGACACAGAAGAGUCCUCUGGUGUAAGAGAAAAAUUUAAACAAAAAAGAAAAAAGUAAUUUUUUUUCCAUUACCAAAAUAUUGUAUUAUUUAUAACUGUGUUUGAUUCUUGCUAUUUUUGUCUGUAAAUAGAAUAUUGAACAAUAAAAGUCAACAAACUAAA